AUGUCCUGGUACCAGCACUUUCGAGACAGGCCUCGUCUCCUGUUACACCAGAGGAGCCCUGCCAUUGCCCCCUUCUAUCAUCACCUCACAGACCCAGCUUUGUCGGGUUACCACAAUACGUUCAUACUUAUCAACCUGAGGUUGAUAUUAGUAUGUGGAAAGACUGAGGAAUUUCUAUUCAAUCCCAGUGAUUCAGCUGGAGAAAUAGCUCAAUAUGUGUUUGAUAAUUGGCCAGAAGGGCCUCACAGUGAACCAACCCUGGGAGAUAAUAGAGACAAGGCUAAAUCUAUGGAAUACCACCAAUCGAUGUCCUUUCCACAUUCUUCCAUCCACCAUGCGCCGUCUAAACCCAAACCUACCAGAUCAGCCUUAACGCAAUCUUCCCACCUUUGCUUUGAUUGGGCAGAAGAAGCUGUCGCAAGAGCUGAAAUUUUAAGAUUAAUUUAUCAAGGGCGUUUCCUUCAUAGUAAUGUGACUCUUGGGGCACUUGGUCUUCCUUACGGGAGGACUACUGUCAUGCAUUUAGUCCCUAGGGAAAACCUGCCAGAACCAAAUUCUCAAGACCAGAGACAAAAAAGUAAGGGUGGUGGUAGCAGUUGCUGCUCUGCUUCAUGCAGCAUUCUCUAAACAUCAUAAUAUGUCUUCUUGAUUUCAAAAUGUGAUUUUUAACAGUUCCAUGUUUAGGGAAUGCCUUGGAUGAUAUUACCAAUGCUCCUGUUUAUUAUUAUGCUAGUUUUAACAUAUUUUUAGUGAUAUUCUUCCAAGAAGCAUCCAUGACAUAAAUUAGCACUUUUUUGAGGACUUCUAACAGCGUUAAUAUGUUGUGAUAUUCAUAUUACUAGAAAUAAAGUGAGUUGCAUUGUGGUUAAUAGUCAUCUAUAUGACUACAAAUUUUAAGAUAUUUUCUGAACAUAAUAUGGUUUUCUGACAAGGAAUUUGAGUGAAUCUCUACCAUGAUUGAUUUAAGCUCAGUAAUUUCCACUAAGUGGGCGGCAAUUAAAAGGUCACUUAACCAUAGCAAAUCUUCAUUGUUCAAGUACUUAUCUAAAAAAUAAAUGAUCAAUAAAUUUCUAAUAUCACAAGUUAGAAACUCAAAUUUCUUGCAAUUAAUGUUAAUCGUUAUUGACAAAAUUAUUUGUUGAUUCAUUGGUAGGCAUAUUUCAUCCAUUCUUAAGUAUUUCUAACUACUCAAGCAUUCCUCAAAGCAAGAAGAAAUUGUAGAAAUUAUACCAAGUUAUAUGAAAAAUAUUAACAUUGCUCUAUCUCAAGGUUGUUUGCAUAACGAUAUUUGUUAUUCUUACAACUGUGAUUACACAGAAUUAUAUAUUAUACAUAUAUAUGAAUGUUAUAAUUAUAAAAAUUGAAAUGUUGAUUUGUUUAACUCAUAUAUUUUAAAACAAACAAAUUUUAUCACAAACUGUGUAUUUUAAAAAUAGCUUAUAUGUAUUGAAAAGGAAAUAUAUUGUUAUGUGUGAUGUUUGUGCGUUAUGGCAUCCGUAUCUACAUGCAAGUUAAUGCAUGUAUGAUGAAAAAAAAUAUAUAUAAUAAAUAAAACUAAAAUGCACACAUAUUAUACCUAAUUUCCUAUAUAAAAAUGAACAAUUUUAGCUUAUAAAAUAUAAUAGAAAAAUUAUUGUAGGUUACAAGGAAAAGCCGUAUUUGAGACCAUUAAUUAUUUAUGCAUUUUAAAUUGCAUGCAAGUUCCCUAUUGAAAUGAUUAUUUUUAUUUCUUUGUAGGUUUAUUUUAUUUUUGAAUUGUCUGUUAAAAAUUAUAUUUUUUAAACAUAUUUUAAUUAUUCCAUGUUAUGAAGUAAUAUUUUUAUUUAUUAACAUAUAUAUGCAUGUUUGUGAAUAUAUACACACAUACAUGUGUAUAUGUGUGUAUUUCUUUUCAAAAUGAGGUAGCUAUUUUUAUUUCUCAGUAAAUGGAAUAUGAUUUAUUGGUUGGUCGAAAGUAAUGAGUGGUUAUUCCUGAAAACUUAUUUGUUCCCCUUAAAUAAUAGUAUAGUUUAUUUAAUGUUUUAUCCCAAUUUUAACUGUAUAUGCUCAUUAAUUAUUGCUUGUUAAUUGAAGGUGAUUAAAAAUGUUUUAUGAAAUAAAUAGUCUAUGAAAGUUUUCUACAUUUAAAAUAAAUAGAUUUUGGGGAACAAAGUGCCAUAUUUAUAUUUCUCAGAAAUAUCCUGUUAAUGAAUUGAUUAUAUGUAUAUAUUUUCUUUAAAAAUGAAAAGUUAAAUGUUUAAUUUAAUUUUAAUCCAUUUUAGAUGAUAUUUUUACAGAUACAGUAAAUGACUUAAGCUAUGUUAUGAUAAAUUUUUUUUUUAAUUAAGUACAAAUUUGACUAGUUCUACUUGCCAAGUCAUGAAACUAUUGAAUGAUAAUAUAAUUGACAUUUGUUUUAAAAAAGUAUAUUUAUUGAAAUAUACUUAUCGAUUAAUCAUUUAUUUAACCCGUGAUUAAAUUUACACUCAGCUUUGAGGCAACGUUGUUCAUAAUAGUUCUUUAAGUUGACUUUUUGUUUGUAUUAUUCAUUUUUCACAAAUUUUUACUGAUAUGCAUGUAUGAAGUUUAAAAAUUUAUUAUAAAUCAACAAAUUGCUGCCUACUUCAUAAAACAGUAUUUAAGGUGUAUUUUUGUGUUGUGAUUGUUAUUAAAAUGUAAAUAGAUAUAUUUUUACUGUUUUGUUUUAGUAUUACCUUUACUACUUAUUACUGUUCUAAAUUUCAAGAUAUUGAAAACUAUUUGUUUGCUGGUUUGAAGUCUUCUUUCAUUCAACAGACUAUGUUUUAAAUGUUUGUUUUUUUGCAGUAUUAUCUUUACUACUUAUACUCUUCUAAAUAUCUCAUAAGAUCCACAUGGGUUGUAAGAAAGUUGUGGUUUCCAAUCCCUCAAUAUAAUAAUAAAUACUCUUCUGAAGUUUAAGAUAUUGAAAACAAUGUCUGAACUGGUUUAAAGAAGUCCCCUUUUAUUUAACAGAUUAUAUAUUAAUUUUUUAUUUAUUUAUUUUUUUUUUUUGUGGUAUUAUCUUUACUGCAUAAGUUGUGGUAAGAAAGGGUUUCCAAUCCCUCAAUAUAAUAAUGAAUACUCUUCUAAAGUUAAAGAUGUUGAAAACUGUUGAUUACGUUCUUUAAAGUAGUCCCCUUCUAUUCAACAGAUUAUAUUUUUAGAUUGUUUUAUUUUAUUUAUUUAUUUUUUAAAUGAUCAAUUGAAAUACAUGCAUAUCUU